AUGGCGCCUCUGCCCAUUAAGUUUCAGGAGCUUGUCCAGCUCGCCAAUGUUGGCGUGGACACUCAGAGCAUCGGCUUCAACUCCUGCACACUCGAGUCCGACUCGUACGUCUGUGUGCGGGAGAAGAAGAAUGAGGCAGCCCAACCCGAGGUUGUUAUCAUCGAGCUCAAGAAUGGCAACAAUGUCACCCGCCGGCCGAUCAAGGCCGACAGUGCCAUCAUGCACUGGAACCGACAAGUGAUUGCUCUUAAGGCUCAGUCUAGAACACUGCAGAUCUUCGACCUUGAGCAGAAGAAGAAACUCAAGUCGUGCACUAUGAACGAAGAUGUUCAGUUCUGGAAGUGGAUCAGCGAGAACGAGCUUGGUCUUGUCACAACAUCCAGCGUUUACCACUGGAAUGUCUACGAUGCGUCCCAGGACGCCCCUGUCAAGAUGUUUGAGCGCAAUGCUAACCUCAACGGUUGCCAAAUCAUCAACUACCGAGUUAAUAGCGACAGCAAGUGGAUGGUGGUGGUGGGAAUUUCUUCCCAGCAAGGCAAGGUUGUCGGUGCUAUGCAACUUUACUCCAAGGAUCGUGGAAUUAGCCAGGCUAUAGAAGGUCACGCCGCUGCCUUUGGUACCAUCCGCCUGGAGGGUGCUGCCCAAGACACCAAGCUGUUCAGUUUCGCGGUACGAUCGGCAACUGGUCCUGCUAAGCUACACAUCGUCGAGGUCGAUCAUCCCGAGUCGAAUCCCGUCUUCCAGAAAAAGCAGGUCGAAAUGUUCUUCCCCCCCGAAGCCACCAACGAUUUCCCGGUCGCUCUUCAGGUGUCGCAAAAGUACGGCGUCAUUUACAUGGUGACGAAAUAUGGUUUCAUCCACCUGUACGACCUCGAGACUGCCUCUUGCAUCUUCAUGAACCGAAUUUCGAGCGAAACAAUAUUCACAACCUGCACAGACGAUGGCUCUUCUGGCAUUGUUGGCAUCAACCGAAAGGGCCAAGUGCUCUUUGUGACAAUUGAUGACACCAAUGUCAUUCCUUACCUCCUUCAGAACCCCGCCAACACCGACAUGGCCAUCAAGAUGGCUUCGAGAGCUGGUCUUCCUGGUGCUGAUAACUUGUAUCAGAGACAAUUCGAGCAGCUGUUCAACGCUGGUAAUUACUUGGAGGCUGCUAAGAUCGCCGCCAACUCUCCUCGAGGCUUCCUCCGUAGUGCCGAUACCAUCGAGAAGUUCAAGCGCCUUCCUGUUCAGCCUGGUCAGAUGGCUUUCACACUUCAGUACUUCGGAAUGCUCCUGGAUAAGGGCUCUUUGAACCGCCAUGAGACCCUCGAGCUCGCGCAGCCUGUUCUUCAGCAGAACCGAAAGCACCUGCUUGAGAAGUGGUUGAAGGAGGGCAAGCUAGACUGCUCUGAGCAGCUUGGUGACAUGGUCCGCCCUUACGAUAUCAACAUGGCUCUUAGCAUCUACCUCAAGGCCGAGGUUCCCCACAAGGUUGUAGCAGGCUUCGCCGAGACUAACCAGUUCGACAAGAUCCUGCCCUACUCAGCCCAGACUGGCUACCAGCCCGAUUUCAUUCAACUUCUCCAGCACAUCACUCGUACAAACCCCGAGAAGGGUGCUGAGUUCGCCAGUGCUCUUGCUAACAGCGAGCAAGGACCUUUGGUUGACUUCGAGCGUGUGUGCGACAUCUUCCAAGGACAGGGCAUGAUCCAGCAAGCCACCGCCUUUUUGUUGGAUGCGCUCAAGGAGAACAAGCCUGAGCACGCUCGUCUCCAGACUCGCCUUCUUGAGAUGAACUUGACUCAUGCCCCUCAAGUUGCUGAGGCUAUUCUUGGCAAUGAGAUGUUCACUCAUUUCGACAAGACUCGCAUUGCUCAGCUUUGCGAACAGGCUAACCUUCCCCAAAAGGCCUUGGAGCUCUACGAGGACCCUGAGGCCAUCAAGCGGGUUAUUGUCAACAUCCCUGGCUCCCCUAGCUUCAACCCUGACUGGCUUACCACCUUCUUUGGUAAACUGUCUGUCGAGCAAUCUCUCGAUUGUCUCGAUGCUAUGAUGAAGACGAACAUUCGCCAGAACUUGCAGUCGGUCGUUACUAUCGCCACUAAGUACUCUGAGCUUCUCGGAGCCGUUCGCCUGAUUGACCUCUUCGAAAAGUACAAGACUGCUGAGGGUCUCUUCUACUAUCUUGGUAGUGUCGUGAACCUGUCGGAGGACCCUGACGUUCAUUUCAAGUACAUUGAGGCCGCGACCAAGAUGGGACAGUUCAACGAGGUCGAGCGGUUGUGUCGUGAUAGUACCGUGUACAACCCCGAGAAGGUGAAGAACUUCCUCAAGGAAGCCAAGCUCCCUGAGCAGCUUCCUCUUAUCAUCGUCUGUGAUCGCUUCAACUUCGUUCAUGACUUGAUUCUCUACCUCUACCAGAACCAGCAAUUUGGCGCCAUCGAGACCUACGUCCAGAGUGUCAACCCUGCGCGAGCACCCGAAGUUAUUGGCGGUCUCUUGGAUGUCGAUUGUGACGAGAACGUCAUCAAGCAGCUUUUGAGCACUGUUAACGCCCAGUCUAUCAGCAUUGACGCACUCGUCUCGGAGGUCGAGUCCAGAAACCGCCUCAAGCUUCUCUUGCCCUUCCUCGAGGCUACUCUCCAGGCCGGCAACCAGCAACAGGGUGUUUAUAAUGCUCUCGCGAAGAUCUACAUCGACUCUAACAACAACCCCGAGAAGUUCCUCAAGGACAACGACCAGUACGACACUCUUACUGUCGGAAAGUACUGCGAGAAGCGGGACCCCAACUUGGCCUACAUUGCCUACUCCAAGGGCCAGAAUGACUUGGAGCUUGUCAACAUCACCAACGAGAACUCCAUGUACCGUGCCCAGGCCCGAUACCUCUUGGAGCGCUCCGACAACGAACUGUGGGGAUUUGUGCUGAGCGAGAACAACAUCCACCGUCGAUCUGUCGUCGACCAGGUCACUGCCACUGCUGUCCCUGAGGCCAGUGACCCUGCCAAGGUCUCUGUAGCAGUCGCUGCUUUCCUUGAGAACGAUCUUCCUCUUGAGCUUAUUGAGCUUCUUGAGAAGAUUGUCCUUGAGCCUUCGCCUUUCAGCGACAACCAGAACCUCCAGAACCUGCUUAUGUUCACCGCUGCUAAGGCUGAUAAGGGUCGUGUGAUGGACUACAUCCACAAGCUCGACAACUACAACGCCGACGAAAUCGCUACUGCUUGUAUCGAGGUUGGUCUUUUUGAAGAAGCUUUCGAGAUCUACAAGAAGGCCGACAACAAGUCUGCUGCUGUUGAUGUUUUGGUUGAGCAUGUGGUCAGCAUCGACCGUGCUCAGGCCUAUGCAGAGGAGGUUGACUUGCCCGAGGUCUGGAGUAAGGUUGCCAAGGCCCAGCUUGAUGGUCUGCGCGUCUCCGAUGCCAUUGAGUCCUAUAUCAAGGCUGAGGACCCUAGAAACUACCUGGAGGUUAUCGAGGUUGCUACCCAUGCCGGCAAGAACGAGGAUCUCGUCAAGUACUUGCGCAUGACUCGCAAGACUCUCCGCGAGCCUGCGAUUGACACAGCUCUUGCCUUUUCUUAUGCUCGUCUGGAUCAGCUCUCUGAACUUGAGGACUUCCUUCGUGCUACCAACGUUGCCAACAUCGAGGAGUCUGGUGACAAGGCGUACGAGGAAGGCCUGUACGAGGCCUCCAAGAUCUUCUACACCAGCAUCUCCAACUGGGCCAAGUUGGCCACUACUCUCGUCCACCUCAGCGACUACCAAGCUGCUGUUGAGUGUGCCCGCAAGGCCAACAACAUCAAGGUUUGGAAGCAGGUGCACGAGGCAUGUGUGGAGAAGAAGGAAUUCCGACUUGCUCAGAUUUGUGGCCUCAACUUGAUUGUUGAUGCCGAGCAGCUCCAGACCUUGGUCAAGGAGUAUGAGCGUAACGGCUACUUCGACGAGCUUAUCAGUCUUCUGGAACAGGGUCUCGGACUUGAACGUGCUCAUAUGGGAAUGUUCACCGAGCUCGGUAUCGCGCUUUCCAAGUUCCACCCUGACCGUCUCAUGGAGCACAUCAAGAUCUUCUGGUCUCGUAUGAAUCUCCCUAAGAUGAUCAAGGCAACCGAGGAGGCGAACCUCUGGCCCGAGCUUGUCUUUUGUUACUACCACUACGACGAAUUUGACAAUGCUGCUCUUGCAGUCAUCGAGCGACCUGAGAACUCCUGGGACCACCAGCAGUUCAAGGAGAUCGUUGUCAAGGUUGCCAACUUGGAGAUCUACUACCGCGCUAUCAAGUUCUACGUCGAGCAGCAUCCUUCUCUCUUGACUGAUCUUCUCGCAACUCUCACUCCUCGCAUUGACGUCAACCGCGUUGUCAAGAUCUUCCAGAAGAACGACGAUCUUCCUCUUAUCAAGCCUUUCCUGCUUAACGUGCAAACCCAGAACAAGCGUGUUGUGAACGAGGCUGUCAACGAUCUGCUCAUCGAGGAGGAGGACUACAAGACCCUUCGCGACUCAGUCCAAAACUACGACAAUUACGAUGCUACCGAGCUGGCCAAGCGUCUGGAGAAGCAUGACCUCAUCUUCUUCCGCCAGAUCGCUGCCUCUAUCUACCGCAAGAACAAGCGAUGGGAGAAGUCAAUUGCGUUGUCUAAGCAGGACAAGCUGUACAAGGACGCUAUCGAGACCGCUGCCCUGUCUGCUAAGAUCGACAUUGUCAGCGAUCUUGUUCAAUAUUUCGUCGAUAUUGGUCACCGGGAAUGCUACACCGGUAUGCUCUACGCUUGUUACGAGCUUAUCCGCCCUGAUCUUGUUCUGGAGCUUUCAUGGCGCCAUGGUCUCAUGGACUUCUCAAUGCCUUACAUGAUCAAUAUGCUCGCUCAACAAACCAAGGACCUCGCUGCUUUGAAGGCAGACAACGAGGCUCGCAAGGCUAAGGAACAGGAGAAGGAGAAGACCGAUGAUAACACCCCUAUCCUCGGUGCUUCUAGACUCAUGAUCACAGCUGGCCCUGGUGGCAUGGGCUCCGCUCCCUCACCUACGCCAUAUGGCCAAGCAAAUGGCUUCGCACCGCAGCCCACCGGCUACGGUUUCUAG